AUGAGAGGCGAGCCUAUGCCUGCAUGGGACUCUGGGAACAACACGGUUUGGGAGGACUACACUGACAUCGCCUUUGUUGUAGCAAACAGCUUGAUCCUGUUGAUCACUUCUGCUGUGGGGAUUGCAGCAAAUCUUUUUGUCCUGCUCGCCGUUUAUCACCAAAAGUCACUGCAAACUGUGAAUAAUGCACUGGUGGUGAAUCUUGCAGUCAUAGACAUCCUGAGGUGUGUAAUUGACUGCCCCAUUCUCCUCACCAUCAUCAUGACUGUGUAUCAAAGAGGACACGGGGACCGGGUGAUCUGUGAUACACAAGUAGCCUCUUUCUCUUUCAGCUGCUGCAUCCAACUGUUGACCCUGGCCUGCAUAAGUGCAGAGAGGUACCAGGCCAUCGCCCGACCCUUCAAUACAACUCAAAGGCGGAGACGGAUUAUGGUCCUGAUUCCUCUCACAUGGACCUUGGCUAUUCUGGUGGCUGUUUUUUGUCUGAUGUUUGUGAAGGACUCACCGGUGCAUGAAAGAUGCAAAGGAUUAUCAAGAGAAGCAUCAUCUUCCUAUGACACCUUUGGACUUUACAUGCUGUUCCCACUGUGGGCAGCUUGCUUUAGUGUUAUCAUUGGAUUCUAUGCACGCAUAUUUAACCUUGUGAGAUCACACAAUCGCAAAAUAUUUGACAACGGAACUUUUCCUUUAUCUAAAAAGGACAAAGCAGAAGAUAAGCAGAAAAAAAAAGAAACCCCUGCAGUGGAAAAUGGAAAAUCAGAGCAAAACCAGACCCCAAGCAAAAGUGUGGCUCAGGUGGAAGUAUUGGCACAAGCCGAAUCAAAUUUAUCCAAAAAAGACACUGAGGCUGCUCAACUGGCCUCAACAAAAGCUCCACAAUGCACCUCAAUCGGUUCAGAGAAUAAAAAAGAACUAAAAAUUAAAUUGGAGAUAACAGACUUGGAAACAGAACAAGUUUGCUCUCCUUCAAUGCAGGUUGCAGUGCAGAUUGAGGAGAAACCUGUUAAAACAGAGCAGCCCAAUCCCUGUGGCACAAAAGCUGAAGCAAAACCAUCAAGUGGAGACGCUGCUGCUAGUGUUAAGAGCUCAACAGCAAAGCCACAGAAGGUGUCAAGCAAUUUUGACACAGAAAAGCAGUCCAAAGAGAGAGUGAAAAUUGACAGGGUGCCCUUAGAAAUGAAAGAAAGCAGCCCCCAUGUUCUCACGUCUGCACAGACAGAAAAUCCUGAAUCCACUUCUGUUUCACUGAUUGAACCAAAACAAACUAAGAGCAGCAAUGGAGGAGAAACAGUGACUGUUGCUGCAGUCGAUCAAGUGUCUUCAUUACCUCCUGUCUCAAGCAAUGUCCCUGACACAGAAGCAGCGAAACCAAAUGUGGAGGUGGAAGGUGCUGUUUGCAUGAUGCCUUCCAGAGCAGGAAAAGAGAGAGCGAAUAAAAGGAAGGAGAGUAAAAUGGCGAAGCGUGCUGGCUACAUAAUUAUAACCUUCAUCUUAUUCUGGCUCCCACUGAUCACAACUAUCCUGAUGAACUUUGUUGUUCACGGAAACAAAAGAACACAGUGUGAAGUGGAACUCAACUGAACUCUUUCAGGCCCCAAAAUGUCAUGAUGCCAGAAAUGAUAAAAUUGUGAGUAAGACAUGGGGCAUGGGGAGAUUUAAACAGAGUGUAUAUAUAAAUAUGUGAUAUAGUUUUAUUCUGCUUACUUCAUAUACUCUCAUCGUCUCCUUGUCAAAGUUUCAUUUCAUUUGGUAAAAAAUAAGUUUAAUGACGUCUUAAGAUUAAGAGAUAAAAAUUACACACCAAAGUACGGUUUACAUUUUGUCAUUUGCAAGUGUUAAUUUUAAAAAAGAAAUGUAAAUUUGUAUAUGUGCUGCUUACAACCUCAAACUAAUUAUAUUUCAUAUGCAUCAAGCUCAAAGUGCUCUUGGUUACAUUAGACAUUAAUGAGUUAUGCAACUUGUUUUUGUAUUCUUUCUUUCCUUUUAUUAAAGUAUGCUAUUGAAUAUUAAUGUGAUUUGAUUUAAUAUGAAAGGUAUCUUCAUAAUCAAGUUUUGGCUUUUAACCUAUCCUCCACAAUGUGUAAACUUUUUUCUGUUUAUGUGCAAAUAAACCACCUAAUUAUUCAUUGAUUUUCUAUGAUUUUUUUCAGAUGACAAUCCUUCAGGAGGUGGAGAUUCUGUCAGUCUCCGUCGCCUGUAUUACAUCCCUGAGCGACCCGAUAAUAUAUGCUGCAGUGAACCCUCAGUUUCGGACAGAGUUUUAUCGGCUUAAAAGGAAGUUUGUGUCCAUAUUC